AUGGCCCCUGAUCGGACCGGGAAGAGUGUGUUCCUAGGGAACAUUCCCUACAAUCUCACUGAGGAGCAAGUCAAAGACAUCCUUAGUACGGCCGGCACUGUCACCAAGUUCCGAUUGAUGAUGAACCCCGAGACUGGCAAACCCAAAGGCUACGGAUUCGCAGAUUUCGCGGACGCGGAUGCGGCUGCCUCCGCUGUGCGCAACCUCAACGACCAUGAAGUCAUGGGUCGUAAGAUCCGUGUCGAUUGGCCUCACAACAACGAGAAGGAUUCUGUACCCCCCGACUAUUCGCAACAGUCGCAACCAAUGAUGAAUCCAGAGCCCCCACAACAGCAACAGAUCCCAGGCUCAGCGCCGCUGCCGCCUCUUCCACCGGGUGUGGAAUUGCCGCCUCACGUCGACUGUCCUAACGCCAUCUCCCACACCCUCGCAUCCCUCCCACCGAAUCAACUCCUUGAUGUCUUGACACAAAUGAAAUCUCUCGCGGUCGCUGAUCCAGCCCGUGCCACUGAGCUGCUGCGUCAAGCUCCCCAACUUGCAUAUGCAAUCUUCCAGGCCUUGCUUCUCAUGAACUUGGUUGAAUAUCAGUUGCUUGGCUCAAUUGUUGAACAAGCUGCCCAGCCUCCUCAAGUGUCUCAACCACCACCCCAACAAUUUCAACCAUAUGGUGCCCCUGGGCAGAUCUCUACGCCGCCUGUCACCAACACACCCUUUGCACCUCCGCCUGCUCAACCCGCUCCAUCGAUGCAUGGCCAGGAAGAGCUCCUUCAACAAGUCAUGAGCAUGCCACAAGCUGCCAUUGAUGCACUUCCUCCUAUGGAACGAGGCCAGAUCAUGAUGUUACGCCAGCAACUGAUGCAAAGUGGCAUGCGUUAG